UCACAACCAAAACAAACAUGCAUGUGGAUGAGCGUUGUUCACAGCAAAAAAACUAGCUCAACGCUAUGAAAAUACUGCAGAAAUGGAAAAACUACAUAAUUGUGUACACCGUGCUCAUCAUACUCCUAGUGAUCUGCUAUUACAGUUAUGGUGAUACACCCGUCCCACCCAGGGGAUUCUCUGGAAUCCAUUCUGAGGAUCCACUCGACAGGAAGGAACUUUUACAACUCAUGAAAGAAAUCGGACAAACAUAUAUCAACGUCAAAACCAAAAAACCUUUUACAAAACACUGCAGAGAUUGCGCUGUAGUCAUCAGCUCGGGUCAGCUUUUGGACAAGGCUGCGGGCAAGGAGAUAGACGAUGCGUCAUGCGUAAUACGCAUGAACGACGCCCCCAUUGUCGGCCAUACACAAGAUGUUGGUCGUAAAACGACACUACGAGUUGUGUGCUUCAGGUCAUUACCAUUCCUGAAAGAUUCAAUGCUUAUUGGUCGAGGAAAGACGGAUAUGGUUGCAGUAUGGGGUGCCGAUAACCCAGGUCAUAACGUCAGAUCCAACUAUUUGCUGAAGAGAGUCUUAGAUGCUUACAGACAUAGCCCCAUUGAGGUCUACUCCAUGAUGGAUAAAGGAGAGAAGAAAGUCGUUGAGGUGUUUGAGAAGGAGCUUGGGAUCAACAGGGUAGAUACCAACACCUGGGUGUCUACUGGAGUGUUCACUAUGAUGUUAGCCAUUCAGAUAUGCGACAGUGUCACGGUGUAUGGAAUGGUAGAUGAGGACUAUUGUAGGUUGCAUCCAAAUUCCUACGUACCAUACCAUUACUACGGACGAUCUAUGCUCGAGUGUGAGAUGUACAAACAGAACCAGCAAGAGACCAAAGAUGGCAGCCACCGCUUCUUGUCUGAGAAAAGUUUAUUCCGACGAUGGGCCGAGAUGUUUGAUAUCAAAUUCCAAUAUCCAAAGUGGAACUUUACAAAACCAAAUGUGAAAAUAUUCAAAGACGAUUCUGUUCUGCUGGAAGCUGGUGUGGCUUGACUCGACUAUCCAGGGUCUUCUGUUCCACGAUACGAUUGAUUGUUAAUUACUCUUUUAACAGGGCACCAGUUUCACCGAAGUGGGUAUAUAGAUUGGCAAACACUGCAAAAAUUGUUGACCAUAAAAACAUACUUGUUGAGAAACAAGGAUUUGUCAGUGGAAAUUUUGUGAAUUUUUAAAGAGAGAAAAAACCUCCCCUUGUUACUGUAUUUUUACAGUUUCAUAACAAAUGGCUUAAAGGGUUUUGGUACUUGUUGUAGUAGGUCAAAACAUGAAUCCCUAAUCACUGUGCAUGAAGAUUUACCUGUAGAAAUACCGUAGCAAUGUUUUCAGGGGAGUUGCUUAAAUCGGUUGUAAAUAAUCUGUGAAAGUUUGUGUUUCGUGUUGUACAAAAAGGACUCCAAAUUAUUUUAAAGGCAGUGGACACUAUUGGUA